CUUUUGUCAAGAGGGACAAAUACACAGAGUUACUUCGCCUAAUAAAUAAAAAUAGAAAAAAACAUUGGAGCAUUUCCACUAUUGAUCUGUUUCAUGAGCCAGGCAGUGGAGGAACUACACUGGCAAUGCAGGUUUUGUGGGACUUGAGGAAAAAGCUCAGAUGUGCACGAGUGAACAGUUCAACAUCAGAUCCAAAAGCAAUUGCACAACAAGUACUUAACCUUUUCAAAGCAGGUGAGUCGCAAAACAAGAAUACAGUCCUGCUACUUUUGGACAACCUGAAGAUGGACACCCAUGAGCACAGCCCAUUUAAAUCCACCUUGGAACACAAUCUGAUUGAUGAGAUAAAACAAAGCCCUAUUAGCACAAACAUUCCUGUUACCAUCAUUUUAAGUUGCAGUCACCAAAAGAGCACAACUGAAAAGCAACACAAUUUUAGACAAAAGCAAAAGAGUGUGAUGCUGAGUAGGUGCCUUUCUGAAGAAGAGGAGUGGAAUUUUAAAACUAAAAACACUGAGGUUGUUCAGAGGCAUGGGGUCAGGCACACAACAUUUCAUAGCUUUAACAUAAUGAAGAGCAAUUUCAGCCAGGAUUAUGUUACAGAGGCCUGCCAAUUUCUCCAACCCAUAAAGAGGAAAAAGAGUCCUCGCAACCAACAACUUCUGUCUUUUCUGGCUCUGAUGAACUCAUAUGCCCCAGGCUCAUAUCUCACUGAGGACCUGUGCCUGUGGUUUAUUGAUAAGAAUGAUGCUAUUUUUGGUGGUCCAACUUUGAAAGAACAUAUGGAACCCUUCGCUGAUAUUUUAGUCAUAUUUUCAACGUAUGCAGCAGAAGCCAGUGAUACGGGCAACGUAUACAAAUGGCACAUCCGAUGAUUGCCGAUGAAGUUCUGAGGAUAUUAACUGCAGCUGGCCUUACCCGAUCUGAUACAACUAGAAAACUCAUUGCAUGCCAGAAUGAAAUCCCACCAUACUUGAAGCAAAUUAUCAAACAGCUGCUAACAAAGCGAGAAAGUAAAGUGAACAAAGAAAGUGGAGAGAUCAAACAGGACACCUUCUCCAAACUGAUUCAAGAUGUACACGAAAAAGAAAGCAAAUCGAUGUGUGUGCGACUGUUCAAAGAUGCAGCUGACAAAUUCACACAGGUUCCAGUUUUUCCUCAAGCUCUGGCUCGUUUUUACUACAUCAUUCUGACUGAUUAUGUAAAUGCAACUUAUUGGGCCAAAGAGGCGAUUAAAAGGGAUCAGAAGAAUUCUUUUUUCCGGGACACACUUGGACAAGUCUACAAAAACCAACUGAAGAAGGAGAUUGCAACAUCUGCUAGAGACAUCUUAAGAAUUGGUAAACUAGCACUAGAGGCUUUCGAAGACGAAAUUAAGAUUGCUGAACAGGAGCAAGAACCAGGAAUGCAAGAAGAUAAGGUGAUAAACACAUCCACCAUUUUCAAUAACAGAGGGCUCUUCGGCUACAUUGAAGUAGCAGAUAUUAUUUUCAACAAGCUUACAUGCGUUAACACGGAAUGGGCCAAUAUCCUAACACAGGAAACACAAACUCACAGUCUUAUUCACCCUCAAAUGAGCGAGGAGCACAAAUCUCUCCUCAUGACUCUAAGGCAAAGACUUGAAGUCAGAUUCGAGUUUUUUCAAACUUACCUGACAUAUUCAGUGCAAGCGAUCAAUAAAAAAGACCCAUCAUACAUUUGGCCAAGCAUUAAAGAAUGCUACCAAAAAUUCAGAAAAAAAGAGUGUCAGACAGCAUGGCAAAUCCUUCAGGAGGGGAUGGCUACCACUUUUGCUGGUCUGCUUUCCACUCUAGAAGACAAAAGUUUUUCUGAGUUGGAGCUUAUCACUGAACAGUGGAGAAAAAUGUACGAAGAUGAUGCUGAUGCUGAUGCCGCCCAAAACUACAUCCUUGCUAAAAUCAUCUUGAGUCAAACAUCCUCGGCGUCUACAGUCCCAAUAAAAGAACUCCAGGAGAUAUUACUGCAAUUUUGGGAGAAACAGAAAUAUGACAGUAGCCCAGAGUUUUACCUCUUGGCCAUUUUGCUGUUCUGGCCUGAUGGUGCACAGCCACCAGGUAACCCAAAUGCUCCAGACCUUAAAAAGUGUGUCCAGGAUAUGCGUCACUCAUACAAGAGGACGUAUCAGAAACACCUUCGCUCUCGUUACCUGGUGCCUCUCUUCUUCUUCGGGAAAGAAGGGUUGCAGAGACUGGUCUACAGAUCACGACUAAACCAAACCGACCUCAACUGGCUUACAAAUGGUGAUGAAAGUGUAGAAAUCGAAGGUCUUCAGAGAAUCAGAGGUGAGGUCAGAAAUCAUAUGAUAUUUGUUUUGAGAGAAAAUAAUGAGAUGGAAGUUUCAGCCCACAAUCCGGCCAGUGUGUACAAGUCAGGCCUGGUUUCCUUCUAUCUUGGCUUUACCAUCAGAGGACCUGUUGCCUUCAACAUCAGAUAUGUUGUGAGUGCUGUCGGGUUUGUGGACAGAUAAAGAUGUUAUCAUUCAGCGCAUCAACAAUGUGACUUCUGUCAUAGAUGAGCUUCUUUCAAAAAAGUGUUCAACUAUCAGAAAAGCUCCAACAAAUGAGGAUAAAAUGAGAAAACUGUACACAUACCUAUCAGUGAGAAAUGACAUAAGACAAAUUUUACCUUAACCUUUUAAAAAGGCCCUAUUAUGCUUUUUGGGAUUUUACCUUUCCAUUAGUGUGUAAUAUAGCUGUUUGUGCAUGUAAAAGGUCUGCAAAGUUACAAAGCACAAAGUCCACGGCAAAGGGAGUUAUUCUCUCACACAGACAACACUGCUCAAGAACUUCAAGAAACACCUGAUUUGCAGUCCAGCCAUUUCUUCUUCAUUUCUUCAUAGCUCCGUCACUAUGUAACACAUUUGCAUAAUGCCCGGGAGAUGGAACUCGGUUAUGGUUAGGGGAUGUUACAUUUCUGACACAUACUCCAAGCGGUUGACCAAUCACAACAGACUGGAUCAGCUGACCAAUCAGAGCACACUGGGCUUUUCAGAAAGGGGGCUUAAAAGAGACAGGAGCUACACAACAGAGGGUGAAAAGAGGUGCUGCAGUGUUGUACAGUAUGAGAUGUGAGAAUGUGUUUUUUGAAUAUUAAAGCAUGUAAACCUAUUCUAAUAGACCCCCCCAAAAAAUUAUAAACCUGUAAAGGAGCAUAAUAUGGAUGCUUUAAGGAAUGAGCCAAACCUUUUUGAGAAUUUGGUUAACUCUGGAUAGAAGAGUUUUUUUUUUUUUUUUUUGUGGUACUUCUCAGUAUGAUCAUGAUAUUUGAAUAUUAUAAUUUAAUUGCUUAAAGGAAUAUUCCAGGUUCAAUGCAAGCUAAACUUAGUGAGCAGCAUUAGCGGCAUAGUUCAUCAUUUUUAACGUUGAUUACCACCACAAAUAAUUUCGACUCAUCCCUUCUUUAUUUUAUAAAAACUCAAAACAGCAGUUACAGCACAAACAAUGGAAGUGAAUGAGGCCGAUCCAUAAAUGGUAAAAUACAUAUUGUUUUAAAGCCACAAGACUCAAACGAUAUACAUGUUAACAUGACAACAAAACCCUGUUAUCCCAGGAUAAGAUAUGACUUAAAAGAAUAUGGUUAGGAAAGAGAUUAUCUCACUAAAAUCAUGUGUAUAAUGUAUAAUAACAUGUAUAAUGUAUUGUGGCUAUACUUUUGAAACAAUGUGUAUUUAAGCAUUCAUGGACUGGCCCCCAUUCACUUUCAUUGUAAAUGUCUUACUGUAACAAUGAUUUAUUAACAAGGGGUGCAAUUCAUGUAUGUGGUAAUCAGUAUUAUGCCACAAACACUGUUCAUUGAGAUUAACUUGUAUUGAACCCGGAAUAUUCCUUUAACUAUGUGACUGCGGGACUGAAAAUGUCGAAAAUCGAAACUCAAAUUUGACAUUGAGGACAAAUCUUAGAAAUUAAUUCCUAAUACUUUUUGUUUUUAAAAGGUGUAUCAAAAGAGGGUUCUAGAUCCUCAUUAUUUUAGAUUAUCAUAUAAUCUUAUACAUUUGUUGAUGUUAUAGGUUUCAUUUGUUGUACAUGGUAAUUGGAACUCUUUUCAGAGACAUAUUAAGUAGUUAGGGGACAAAAACAAUCUCUCCUUAAAAUAUUAUUAUUUGUAAUCUUGUUAAUGUGUUGAUUUGCAAAGAAAAGAGCAUCAUUCUUGGAAAAUUGUUUCACAUCAUCCAGUUUCUACACACAACUUUUAGUUUUGUUUUACCUUAAAUGGGAAG